AUGAUGUUGCCACUGCUGCUGCUGCUCCCAGCAGUCCUCAGUCUGACUGCGGCCUGGAUUCCCGUGCAGGAUUGGGAGUCAGGCAAUGUGACCACAUCAGUGGGGGAGUCUGGUCAGUGCGUUUGUGAAGUCUUUCUGCCUGACACCAGCUUCCCAGCCGACCGUGUGGAGAGUGUGCAAGAAGACAGCAAGGAUUUGCUCCUGGAAGUGGAAAAUCAGAAGAACAAGGUGGUGAGCUUUGAGGGGAAGCUGGAGGACUAUCUGAAUGAGCUGAGCGAUCUGACUGAGAGACUGGAAUCACUGCAGAACACUACUGACCGAUACAUCAAACUGGACUUUGAGCUGCUCAGAAUCGAGCUCAGAGAGUUUGAAAGUCUGGUCAAUCAGCUCCACCUGUCCUUCAACUCCUCUUCACCCAUGAUCGAGAGCCUGUACACUGAGAUCCAGAACAUGACGAGCACCGUGAACCUGCUGGAGAGUUACGACAAGCGCAACCUGGAACUGAUCCGCAGGAGUUUUGCUGAGCUGCAGGAGAAGCUGGAGGAGUGCCAGAGGGAGCAAGAUGUCAACACACCAGAUAUUGGUAACUGUAAUCACAAGGGAAUCCUGAGCAUCAGCAAACCAAAGGUGGUCCAGAUCAAUGGUGAUCUGAGUUCAAGCUAUGUGUACGGAUGCUGGGGAAAAGACUCCAAACCUGAUCCUGGUUAUGAGUCCAUGUAUUUCUAUGGUGGAUCCAGCAGCACUAUCUAUGGACGCUACUACCAAUUAUACUCUGACUAUGAGAAGCUGAUUCUGAGGUCUUAUUUUAAACGGUACAGCUUAGGCAAUGAUAAAGGCAACAAUUACAUUGUUCAUGGUAAUGCCAUGUAUUACCAAGCAUAUUCACCUCUUCGGAUGGGCAAAGUGAAUCUGACUAGCCUCCAGCUCGAGUACCGGGUUAUUACCGAAGCAAGUGAGAGGUUCUCCUACAGCUUCAUAAACGAUCAGUUCCUGGACUUUGCAGCAGAUGAGAAAGGAUUGUGGGUGAUCUAUGCCUCAGAGCAGAGCAACGGUAAACUCAUCGUUGGAAAGAUCAAUGAGAACUUUCUCGACAUUGAGGAACGGCACACCACCAGUGUGUACAAGGUGCAUGCAACCAACGCUUUCAUGGCAUGUGGAGUCUUGUACGUCACCAGGUCGGUGGAUCUCACCACUGAUGAGAUCUUCUAUGCAUAUGACACCCAGACGAGCGAGGAGAAGUACCUCAACGUCCCCUUCCAGAAGUUCCGGGACCAGUAUUCCUAUCUGGAUUACAAUCCCACUGAUCAGAAGCUCUACAUGUACAACUCCGGCUACUAUGUGUCUUAUGACGUGAGAUUUAACAAAGAGUGA